AGCCUUUUGCCAUGCUGAGGAGAACCGGGACUGCAGCAAGGAGCGGCUACGAGCGUGUGGCUCAGACUUCGUCCUGUAUGGCAAUACCACGAGAAUUGCGGGAAACCCCGAGGAACUUCGAGAAGCAUGCGCACUUUGGACUUCCGAGAUCGAGUGCUCCCUGAAAUAUAUCGACGACUGCCUGGAUGGAACCACGCGAGGAACGUGCAUGGUCGUACUCAAGGCAGCGGAGGAAGACUUCGAAGCCAUCUGCACCGAGGGCAAUGACAUGGAAAGAUUGUACCUCCAGAGCUCACCGUGUGCGAAUGCGGCCGGUUCCAAGCUUAACGUCUGCGUCCGCGACAUGUUCAGGAAUCUCCAGAAAGCCACGGAAAAAGGAGCUCCCAACCAGGCUGUUUAUCACGCCUGCUGCUACUUCGGAGCCCUGCUGGACUGCGUUGACGCAUCUCUGGGCGACUGUAACAACUCGACCGAGUCGAAGGAAUUCAUCAUGGGGCGACUCGAGCACAUCUUCGGAGAAGCAUUCAGCCUGGUAUGCGGUACCUACACGCAAGGUUCGGCCAGCUGCUCCGCCCUGCCCGUGCUGCCCGAAGUUGAACCAGGCACGCCUGAACCUGUCAGCAACUUGGUCGAAUACGGCAUACUCGUCAUGCAACUGUUGGGUCGACGCGACAGUGCCCCCCCAGUAGGAAACUGAAAUAAAUGUGUUUU